GGAGCUCCUAAGCGCGAAUCUGCGGGUGUGAAUCACACCGUAGCGGAUUGAGGGCGGCGCGCGAUGGGGGACGAUCUGGGAGAAGAGUGGUGGAAUAAAGACACGAAUUCAGGUGUGUCAGAUCUAGAAGAAGAAGAGGAAGAGCAGGACGUACAGGAAGCAGCGGAGGAGCCCACACAGCAAAAAGCAAAGAAAAGAAAAAAUACAACACAGAAGAAACCGGACAAAGCAAAGAAAAAGAAGACAGCACAGAAAGAAUGCUUCAUCUCAAACGAGAUAACAAAAGGAGAGGCAGAGAUCGGAGACAAGAAGAUAAAGAAGAGACGGAAGAAAAAGACCAUCACAGAUGUCCUAUCAAGUUCACAGCCUGCGCCAGGCUCUCCAGAUGACCUCAGGAGCCUUCUGCUUAGCCACUUUCUUGCAACCCGGUCUGUUAUUGAACAGGAGGAGCUCGGACUUCCGGAAACGUGUUUCCUGAAGAGUAAUGAUCUCACACACAGCUUAUCAUCCUACCUCAAAGAAGUUUGUCCUAAGUGGGCUAAAGUACAGAAGCAGCACACGCAGACGGGGUCGGUGGUGCUGCUGGUCGUUUGUGGUUCAGCUCUGAGGACCAUCGAGCUCAUCAAACAGUUGACUACAUUUAAAGGAGAGGCUAAAGUGAUAAAACUCUUCGCCAAACACAUAAAAGUCGAGGAUCAGAUGAAGCUGCUGAGUAAAGGUGUGCUUCACAUCGGCGUCGGCACUCCUGGAAGAGUCGCCACACUUCUGGAGAAAGAUGGAAUGAACGUACAGGGGCUGAGGUAUCUGAUACUGGACUGGAACUACAGAGACCAGAAACAGAGGAGGAUGAUGGACAUACCAGAGGUUAAGGCUGCUGUUCUCAAAAUGAUGGAGAGUGAAAUUAUUAAGAAAUGCCAAGAAGGAGCUGUUAAAAUUGGACUGUUCUGAGUUCUGUCUUUCUGCACAUUUCCACCAAGACAUCUGUUUUCUCACAUUUCUUAUAUUUCUUAUUAUUUGUAUAUGUUUUAUUACUGAUCAAAAUGAUGUUCUCUAAGCAAACACACAUUGUCCACUGUUGGCUAUCAGAAAAUAAACUGAUUUGACAAAAAACA